AAUGUCAUAAUAAGUAUCAAAUGAUAGGCAUUGGAUAGGCAUUGUGUAGCCUAGUGAUAACCUAGAAAUAUAACUAAACGUUUUUUAUCGUUCGUGAUGCAUUAUCAACCACAUCCUGGUGUUGUCAGAGACAACCAGCAUCUUGCAAAAGCUAGCAUAAAUGAAAAAAGGGUAGCUAGCCAAAUUUACUCCAAGUGCCCGAUAAAGCAAUGGUUCAGAAAAGCAUGUAUAGACCUUCCCCUCGAUUAUUUGGCACAAAAUGCUGUAUAAACUACAAAUUCCUGGUCAAAAUAAUGAGGCACCUCCCCCACAUAAUGUACUGGAAUGUAGAAUGUGGAUUGAAUUGUUGGAGACAGGCUAUGGGGUCCUGUAGUAUGUGAUUGCAUGUUCAGAAAUCAUCACCACAAAUGGCUAUAAAUCAGUCUUUAGCAUACGACAUACUAAAGUCACCCUGUACAGAUAACCAUCUGUAUUCUAUAUAACCUACUGUGCUUUUAAUGGCCUACAGAAACAAACCUUAACCCAACAUGAGAUGAAAGAAAUGGGGAAGCUUGCUGUUCAAGUUGAGACAUGUUCUUUGCUUGUCUGCCUGUAACAUUUAUCCAGUCUGCUCCAGGACUGAGGUGUCUUACAUCUGACCAGUAAUAGUCUUUUGGGAAUGGCAGGUUCUUUGCAAACUUUCUUUUCAUGUUAGCUGAUCAUGAAAGCAGGUGCUGGCCAGCCAUAUGAUCAAAGUGUGUGUGUGUUCCUCUUCCUGUGUACAGAGUCAAGUAAACUGUGGGUCUCUACUUGUAUGAGGGAGAGAUUAAAAUCUGAGUGAAGUAGCUCCCACCCUUUCCUCUUCCUGCUACUAUUGGGCUGGGAUCGUUUGAUUUAAUCUUUUAGCUCCUCUGAAACAUUUCCAGGGAACCUGUAAGUGAAGGGGUAGGGAGGGACACGACAAUCAUCCAGGCAAUUUGUUACCAUGUAGGCUUAUAAACAUAGGCCUUUUUGUCUGUUUUGUCAGUGGAAACGUGUCGGUGGUCAUUGGAGAUGUUUGCUGUGUCUUAUGUAGACUGAGUUUGGAAGGAGCUGGGUGCUAAUGUGUCUAACCAGCGUAAAGGCUGCAUGUUGUGUGAGGAACACACAGUAGGCAUAGACGUACAGAUUUUGAUUGAGCUGUGAUUGGACAAGUCCUCACUCCAGCUGCUUCCGUCCAAUAAGGUGACAGCACACCUGUAGCCUCCUGCGAAUAUAUGAGGAAGUCACUCGAAUGUUAUCUCUUAUGCUAUUCAUGCCAGUAAAAACAUCUCUCACAAGUCUCUCUUGUAGUCUGCUGUCUUUCAUGUUCGGUUGGUCACACCACAAGGCCCUCUCCUAUCGAGCUGUUUUUGUGCUUGUACGGUGACUCAUUUGGUAGAGUGGGCUAUGCCAGCUUCUGAUGGGUGAGUGUGUGGAGUGCUGAACAUUUGGGCUGUGAGUGUCCUUUUCUAUCCCGUAUCAGAGGCUGGAACAACACCACUCAGUCUGUUGCACAUAAGCAGCCCAGAAGCAGAGCUAAAGGUGCACAGAGGAUUGAAAAGUCAUCACCAUCGAGAUAUCAUCAGGAAGUAGAGCUCAGUGGUUAAAGCAUUUGAUUGCUUAUCAAGGGGUCGGAGGUUCAAAUUCCCACUGUACUUCCCCUCUGAGAAAACUGUCUGCCAAAUGGAAUACAAAGUUAAAAUCUAGCUCCUCUACACAUGGUGGAAUAUAUUAAAAGUGUUCAAUCAUUGCAACCACACAACCACAAAGAAGGGCUUUGUUUUGGCUUCAUAUCCAUGUGUACUGUAGACUUCCACUUCCUUUCAUCUGGCAGUGUAGUUGUAGUAGACUUAACACAUCGACUUAACACCACCCUGGAAUACAAGCAUGUGGCUGGCUACUACUGGACUGUGUGCUAGACUGGAAGGUCAGCAAUGCUUUCCAGCUGAGGGAAGCAUAUGAUUCAAUUGAACUUUCGGUCUUCUUAGCACGACACAUUCCUAACACAUAUGGCUCAGUGGCUUGAGCAAUCCACUGACUUUGUUGAUCAUGACUGGACUGCAUGACAAGAAAAACAUCUCUGGUAUUUUGUAAUCAUCCGGUUCAUGCGCCCUAAAACAAGCGCCCUGUUUUUAUGCUUGUAAAGUAAGUGAUUCCUCUUGCUUUCCUUUUGUAGUCCUCCAUGAUGGUCUUUCAUGAUUUGUAGGCCACAUCACAAGGAAGGUGAUUGUUGUGUGUUUCUGAACACCUAAUGAAGACACUGUAGACUCUCACCCAGAGAAGAGCAGCAAGGAUGUGCAUUUGGAAUACUUCUGGGAUGGGAUAUUAUCAGAACACAUCUCAAGUUUCCCUCAUUUGUUUUGACAUGGUUUAAUUAUUCCCUCAGGUGUGAUUCCCCAGGCUGUCCUUAGCUGACCUGGAUGACACUUUUCGCUGUUUUGUACCUAAACACACACACACACACACACACACAGACAAAAGGACAAAACAGUUCCAGUUUCCUAGCAACUGGACCACGGUCACAUAAAUCCAAACAUUUCUAAAUGAGAAGGUAGUUUAUGAUUCCACUACUUGAGAAUAGGCUAAGUAGCAUAAGCAUUUGUUUUACUUUCAUGUCUCCAUAUCUUUAACCUAGUUAAACUGAACUAAGAACUUACCGUCCAACAAACACAUCAGUUUCAUAUGGCUUUGGUUAGCUGAAUUGAGACUACAGUUUUGGGGUUGGGUUAUAGAAAAACAUAACAUUUUCAGUUGAGCUUCAGUCAAAAACACAUCUUAGUGGCUUGGGUUUUGAAUUGUGCUUUGGUUAGCUGAAUUGAGACUACAGUUUUGGGGUUGGGUUAUAGAAAAACAUAACAUUUUCAGUUGAGCUUCAGUCAAAAACACAUCUUAGUGACUUGGGUUUUGAAUUGUGUAUAUAUCCACUUUUGAGUGUGAGGAAAUAACAUUGUGUGGUUUCAUCAUUUGUCAACUCUAAUGAGGAACAAACUUGACCUGAACAGUUAGUGAACUAGGCACAAUCUUAGUGUUUAUAAGAAAGGGCUCAGCUGUCUUCAUUUGAUUGUUUUCUCUACAGUUAAACAAACAUACUUUUUUGUACAAGCCUGACUUUGAUUACUAGCCUUCUCUAACAAUCUUACUCGUCAUAGUAGUUUGGCUCAUCAUACAUCACAGAUUGCUAGUCACUGUUUGGGGCGUGUAUAGUGAUAGAGAGUAUUGCUUUGAGUGUGCAGUCAUGGCAACAGCUCCUGGUCUCCUCAGUCACCCUCAGUUGUGAGAGCUGUCACUCCCCAGGGCAGCACCCCCUCCCUCGGGCCUCCUGGCCUCAUCGGAGCAGGUAUCUAGCAGGACCAUACAUGUGAAUGAAUGCCAUUCAGCCCUGGAGUCUGAACUAGCAUACGGGUGUACAGCAGCAGCAGCAGUAACAUGGAUACUAUAAAGAGUGGGGGCUCUCAACAGCCUGUCUACAGCCGUUGGUCCUACAGACCCUCCAGCUCCUCCAGCUUCUCCUCUACCUCCGCUGCAAGUGCCCUUGAUGAUGACAGCACCAGUCUCAGGCAGCAGAAGCUGGAGAAGCAGAGGGCGCUGCUGGAGCAGAAGCAGAGGCGGAAGCGCCAGGAGCCGCUGAUGGUGCAGCCCAACCCGGAGGCGCGUCCGCGGCGCUCCAAGCCCAGGCGCAGCGAGGAGCAGGCCCCGCUCGUCUCGUCUCGUCUCAGCAACACCAGCGACGUCAUCAUGGACGGCAUCGACGGUCCUGCUGCCUUCCUGGUGCCAGAACCCCCAGACCUGGGUACCAAGAUCCAGAUCCUGUCAGUGAGCCAGCCCCAGCCUCAGCCCCAGCCCCUGUCCCAGCCCAAGCCUCAGUCCCCCCCUGUGGAUGAGCCAGAAAGGGAUGGAGACACAGAGACACUGCUGGAGCCCAAGACAGACAUCCAUGAGCUGCUGCAGAAAAGAGAGGCGUGGGACUGCUCUCUCAGCUCUCAGCCCUCCCCCUCCGAGGCUGGCCCUGACCGUGAUAGGGUGAACCAGCUGAGACCCUCCCCCUCCGAGGCUGGUCCUGCCCGUGAUAGGGUGAGCCAGCUGAGGUCCAACCCUGAGGAGGAAGGGCCAGGGGGGUCAGGGGAGGGCCCAGAGCGCCCUCUGUCAGCCAGGGUGAAACUGCUUCAGUCAGGGCUCUCUGGCAGCAUGAACUACGACGAGGCCAGCGAAGAUGAGGAAGAUGAGGAGGAAGAUCGGACCCGGUCCCUGUCCCCAAACACAGAGUCCACCAGGCCGGCGUCAGCCUCCAGCACCAAGUCUAACACGGAGUACGUCACCACAGGUUCUCCCACAGCAGAGAGCCCCCUGAUUGAGGUGGACAACCUGGAGGAGUUUGUGCUGCGUCCUGCCCCUAGGGGCGCCACGGUCAAGUGUCGCAUCACCAGGGACAAGAAGGGCAUGGACCGAGGCCUGUACCCUACCUACUUCAUGCACCUGGAGAGAGAAGAUGGCAGGCGGCUGUUCCUGCUCGCGGGGAGGAAGAGGAAGAAGAGCAAGACCUCCAACUACCUGAUCUCCGUGGAUGCCACAGACCUAUCACGCGAGGGAGAGAGCUUCAUGGGGAAGCUAAGGUCCAACCUGAUGGGGACCAAGUUCACGGUGUAUGACAAUGGCACCAACCCCUGCAAGAACCCUGGGACCCUUCUGGAGGAGAGCAACACACGGCAGGAGCUGGCAGCCAUCUGUUACGAGACUAAUGUGCUCGGGUUCAAAGGUCCACGGAAGAUGACCGUCAUCAUCCCUGGUAUGAACAUGAACUUCGAGAGAGUCCCUGUCCGCCCCACCAGCGAGCAGGACAGCCUGCUGAGUAAGUGGCAGAACCACUCCCUGGACAACCUGAUCGAGCUGCACAACAAGGCCCCGGUGUGGAACGACGACACCCAGUCCUACGUGCUCAACUUCCACGGCCGCGUCACCCAGGCCUCCGUCAAGAACUUUCAGAUCGUCCAUGACAACGAUCCGGACUACAUCGUCAUGCAGUUUGGCAGAGUGGCAGAGGACGUGUUCACCCUGGACUACAACUACCCCAUGUGUGCCCUGCAGGCCUUCGCCAUUGGCCUGUCCAGCUUUGACAGCAAACUGGCCUGCGAGUGACCCCAACCGCCCCACUUCAGCAUGAUAACCCCCCCCACACACACACAUACACACUCGCCCUCUAUCGCUCCACAGGACUGGGUGCCUGACCAUUCCCCUUUUUCAGUGCUCAGACACAGAUUUCCUGUACUGUUGACCAGCUGUACUUUGCCUCGGAAGGAAAACCAUGGACUCUGCUCUCCUUCCUGCUAAUGACAUGUCCUCCUAACACCACUCCUCUCCCUGUCAGCAACUUGUCAAAUCAUGACGGUCAAAUCAAACUGACUAAGAGGAGGGGAGAACUUGGGUGAGACACGUGUGGGCCCCUCGGACCAACAGGAACCAUUAAACUACCACUGCACCAAGAGAGGAACUUAAGGUCAUGACGCCUUUGUUUUUAUUUGUAUUUAAGCGGUGUUUUGUGUUUUAACCAGUUUGUACUUGCAGUUUACAAUUUAGUCAUUGUUAAUUGGUGAAUGUGUAUAAAGGGAAAGAGGACACAGUCCCCAACACUCCAGCGAAGGUGAACUCAAGCACAGAACAUGCCUCAUCACUCGCAUCACACGGUAUUAGAUUUGAAUGACUUGCUGCCUGAAAAUUACCGUUGCAUUAUAUUUUGUGGCAGAUUGUUUUAAUGUUGCUUUUAUUGCCUUCCUUCGUUUUUGUGCUCUUGUAUUAAUGUCACAGAGAUUGUGACCAUGUUGUUGAUUUCUGCUUCAAAAAAAAAAAAGUAUCCAUGACAUUUAUAUCCUUUCAUAUCCAUUUAAUACGUUUGAAUCACUCAAGGUUCCUGUUUAAUCUGAGCAGAAUAUUACUUAACUACAAAUAUCUGUGUUUGUGUUUUAGUGAAGUGUCUAUAGUUUUUCUACAUAGCAUGGUACUAUAACGUCACAGAACAUUACUAUGUUUAAACCAUGCAGGAAAACAAAUGGAGUAGUUCCGCAGAGAUAAAGGGAUUUAUUUUAUCGUUUCUGACAUAAUGUUCACUUUCCUAUGAACUGAAAAUGUUACAAAAUGUCAAUUAAAUGUCAUGUUAGGACAGGAAGAGAAUAUAAUGGCCUUUACUCGACCUUCGCCAAAAUAAAUCUACCCACCCAUUACAAAUUAUAUCAGAUUUCAUAAUACGACACAAUACUGUUGAAAUAAUAAAACAUAAAACGACUGGAACAAUACCUUGGUCAUAGGGGUUCAGAAUUCCUAGUUUCAGUCACAAGACUAACCCAAGAGUACAACUACCUUCCAAUGGAUCUUUGGAAACACAAGGUUCUUUUAAUGAUGUCAUAGAAUGUCUGCUUCUUAUGAGCAGUGGUGUGAUUUCUCUUGAGGAAGAAAAUGGUUGAUUCCAGAGCAACAUGUUUCAGCACUGAUCAUGUAUGUGCCAGUACCCUUAAGGAAGUUUAGCUUUUUUGCAAACGAAGGGAAAGGUUUGAUACAACGUACAAGUUAUUUAAAUAAUACAACUUUUACUAUGAGAUUUUUGGUAAAUGACAUUCCAUUCAUAAUCUAGUGUACUUUUAUGGCAUAUGUUCAAAUCUAAUUUCAUAUGAAUGUAAAUUAAAUGAGUUUAUUGUAAGUGA